AUGUUUCCCGCCGGGCGCUCCGGACCGGCGCUCCCGGGAGCAGCUUCCGGCCGCUGCCGUGACGCUACCGGAAGUCAUCGCGGGCCGUUGCCCUGGCGACCGCCGCCGCUGCCCCGUGCCGCGCGGGCGCCGCCCGUGGCGAUGGAGGCCGCAGGGUGCCCGGGCCGCGGCGGGCUCUCGGCGGCGGGCAGGCCGGCCCGCUACAGCACAGGCACCCGGGAGUUAGUGAAAGGGAUGAUGGAGGAGUUGCAGAUGACGCAUUCCCAGAAGCGAUACCUGAUGGCCUAUGUGAAACGCGGAGAUGCCCUGCCCCUUCAGAGAUUCUCCCCAUCCAGCAAACAGCCAGUAACUGUUUCCUCCCCAGCAGCCUGUCAGCCACACAGGCUUCCAGCAAGACCGCUUCUCCGACCUGCCGGGGUCUGCCAGGCAGGGGAUGCCUACACCCGGGAGAAAUUCAAGCCACAGCCCACACGAGACUUGGAAAAGGAGAAGAGAAGACUUCAGAACAUUUUAGCAUCAGGGAAGGAUGACGUGGAGGAGAAGGUGGAGCAGGUGUUCAUUCAGAAAAAGGAAGAGGAGAUACCUGAGGCUGACCGGUUUGAAGAAUGUACGUUGUCAUGUCCCCAGGAGAGAGGCAGGAAGCCUGGGAAGCCAGCUCCCUCCUAGGGCUGGGCUGGCAGGCUGUGUUGCCAGUAACCUGAAGCAUGUUACAG